CUCACACGCGGAGGAGCGCUCUCCGGGAAGAGAAGAUCCUAAUUCUGUGGGACCGAGCAUUAUCAUUUCGAUAGAUUAGAGUCCCAUAACUCCCCGUUUGCCGGUUUUUACGUCAGUUUCAUAUUGAAAAUCGUCUUCUGGGGAUUUUCCGGUUGUGGUGUCCGAGUACAUGCACAGGAACCUCGGUAGUGAAUCCAUUGUCAAGGUCAUGAUUUCAGACGGUCAUCUCACUCAGUUGAGCUCACCGGCCGGAAGUCGUGAUUUUGGUUCUUCUUCUGUAAAUCCGUCACGAUAUUGCUGCCUGAUCAUAUUCCAAGUUUAGGUAGACGAUUCAAACAGCAGAUUUUCUGGGGCUUUUGAUCCACUCUCUGUUGAUUAUUGAUAAAAAAAUUUUCAAGGGGAGGUAACAGAGGUUUAAUGGCAAGUCACAAUGGCGAGAAAAGGGCAUAAGGAUCGGAAAGUAUAAUCACUUUCACCGUAAAAUUAGCCGUGGAAUUCUGUCGGAACUGAAACAGAUGGCGAGAAUUGUAUCUUAAUAAUAUUUGAACGACUGAAGGAACAUGUAUCAAAGCUGUGGUGGUUCGUCGUCGUCGUCGUCAUCGUCAUCAUAUCCAAUUAUGUGGGAUCAGCCACUUGAAUCCUGUUUCGUCGUCAUUACGUUGUGUUUAAUGGCAUGUCAUGAGCGAUUAGAUCGUUUCUUACCAGUUCGACCAAAUCAACCCAGAUGUGAAGAUAUCGCAGUACUUGUCUAACUUCAACAGGCCUGCUUAAAAGAAAACUCUCUCUACAGUCUUUCUUCUCUUUCAGUGGAGCCUUUUCUUUUAUCGUUACCUCUGUAGCCUUUCUUCACUUUUAGUCAAGCUUCUUUUAUCUUAUUGGUUGGGAGUAGGGGGAGAAGGACGUUUCUCAGAUAUCUUUUUUAGAAUGGAAUCGCUAGUGGGAAAUGAGUUUGAUGUUCCAUCGAAGAACUCGUCGGAAGAAGCUCUAAAGCGAUGGAGACAAGCUGUGACGAUCCUGAAGAAUCCGAAGAGGAGGUUUCGGUAUUGUGCCGAUCUAGAGAAGAGACGACAAGACGAACAGAAGAAGUUGAGUAUACAGGAGAAAAUACGAGUUGCUCUAUAUGUUCAAAAAGCAGCAUUGCAAUUUAUUGAUGCUGGUAGUCGAGUUGAAUACAUGCUCUCAGAAGAGGUUAGACAAGCUGGAUUUGGCAUUGACCCAAAUGAACUUGCAUCCAUUGUUCGUGGCCAUGAUUCCAGACGCUUAAAGCAACAUGGAGAAGUGGGAGGAAUUGCAAGAAAAGUUUCAGUAUCACUGGAAAAUGGUGUCAUUUCAAAGGAACUGCCUGUGAGGCAAAAUUGCCCCGAUGAUGCUGUGAUCUUGAAGAAUUUCAUUGAAAGAGAUGGGGUGUAUGAUUUUUUGGUUGGACUGAAUGCUGAAUUUGAUCAGGUCCGAAUACAAAUUCUCGGCAAAGAAGUGCCGCCUCCAUUGAAUGAAGUCAUAGCCCUUGUCAGAGCUGUGGAAAGCCGCCGUGGAGUCAUGCUUGAGCCUAAAGAUCCCGAAAGCUCAGCUAUGGUGGAAAGGGGAGGAAAUUACAGUGGUUCAAAGGGUGAGAACAAUCAAAACUUGGCUUGUGACACAACCACCCGUGACUCUAAUGAUAACCUCUGGAAGAAGAUGUCUGUGCUUGUAGCCCUUCAAAGAGGUCGUUUCCGAGCAUUUUGCAAAGGUGCAUCAGAACUUGUUGUACAAAUGUGUGAUAAGAUUAUUGAUAGCAAAGGUGAAUYUGUUCAUCUGUCAAAAUCCAAGAUAGAGAGUGGCAUGGAGGUGAUUAACAGUUUUGCUUGUGAAGCUUUGAGAACUCUGUGCUUGGCUUUUAAGGAUUUGAAUGAGAACAAUGGAAACAACAUCCCAGAUCAUGGCUAUACAUUGAUAGCAGUUAUUGGAAUUAAGGAUCCACUACGCCCUGGUGUCAAGGAUGCGGUGCAGACUUGUUUAUCUGCUGGGGUUACUGUGCGAAUGGUUACUGGUGACAACAUUAAUACAGCUAAAGCAAUAGCAAAAGAAUGUGGCAUAUUGACAGAGGGAGGCUUGGCUAUAGAAGGACAAGAGUUCCGUCAAUGGACUCCCCAGCAAAUCAAGGAGUCAAUAUCACUUGUUCAGGUAAUGGCACGAUCCUUGCCCAUGGACAAACAUGCCUUUGUGACUGAGCUAAGGAAUCUUGAAGAAGUUGUUGCAGUGACGGGUGAUGGUACAAAUGAUGCCCCUGCUUUGCAUGAAGCAAACAUUGGGCUUGCUAUGGGUAUAGAAGGAACUGAGGUUGCGAAAGAAAAUGCCGAUGUCAUCAUCAUGGAUGAUAAUUUUACAACUAUAGUGAAUUUAGCAAAAUGGGGGCGUGCUGUUUAUAUAAACAUUCAAAAAUUUGUACAGUUUCAGUUGACAGUAAAUAUCGUUGCUCUUAUGACCAAUUUUAUUUCUGCCUGCRUCUCAGGAGCUGCCCCUCUUACGGCUGUGCAGUUGUUGUGGGUGAACAUGAUUAUGGACACACUUGGGGCCUUGGCACUGGCUACAGAUCCUCCCAAUGAUGAGAUGAUGAAACGGCCUCCUGUUGGGAAGGGUGUUAAUAUCAUCACUGGGCCCAUGUGGAAGAAUAUUAUUGGUCAGAGCAUUUAUCAACUGGCUAUCCUUUCUAUUCUUACAUUUUGUGGGAAAGGUGUCUUGAGAUUUCUCAGACUUGGUGGUUGGAAUUCUAGUUCUGUUCUCAAUACCUUGAUCUUCAAUACCUUUGUCUUAUGCCAGGUAUUCAAUGAAAUAAACUGUCGUGAUAUAGAGAAGAUUAACGUUUUCCGUGGUAUGCUUAACAACUGGAUAUUCAUCUCCAUCAUGGUCUCAACAGUAACCUUCCAAAUAAUAAUAGUGGAGUUUUUGGGCACUUUUGCAAGCACUGUACCUCUAAGUUGGCAAUUAUGGUUAUUCAGCAUAUUAAUUGGAGCUAUAAGCCUGCCGAUUGGAGUUGUCUUGAAAUUGAUUCCUUGCAAAUCAUCCAUUAAGGGGAAUACUACCAAGCACCAUGAUGGGUAUGAGGAACUUCCUAGUGGUCCAGAGAUGGCUUGAAAAAGGAUUGAACGUCAUACAUGUAGUCGGCAUUGAAUUAGUUAUUCCAUUGUUGUUUUCUUGCUUCUAUUCUUCUUUUCCAUUUUUGCGGUAAACGGCAUUGAACUAGUUUUUCUCAAGAGAUUCCUUUAAGAGUAGUUUCCAGUGGGCUUGACCUUUUAAUUUGUAUAUACAAUUCUUUCAUUCAAUGAAAUUUUGGCUGAAAUCUUGUAUA